GCUUGCAACUCUUAUGUGUACACAUUUGAAGAGAUUUGAGAGCUGACUGGACAAGGAUUUCAUUUAGCCUUCGAAACCUGCUUCCUCAUUAAGGCUUCAAAGGGUUUGAGCAUUCCCAAAGGCAUCUUGAUUUCUGAAAGAGGCAAUGCCCCACACUACAGUCCUUCGUCUCAUCCUGUUGACACUGUCUGGCAUCCUGCUCCCUUUCGUGAAAGCUGAAUACCCCCAAGGACCCAUCCCUACACUGUGGAAUGAUCCACCAGAAGUGCCCUCGGGAGGGGGGCCUUUAGAAACCACCACCACUGCCCGUUCCUCAGAUUCUCCAGGAUUCCCACCUUAUACUUCUGAUUAUGAACCAGAAGACACAACCCAUCUCCACCAGCUGGAAGAUGGGAAUGGGUCUCUUGGUCCAGGAGCUAUUGGUGCCAUUGUGAUUGCGGCCUUGUUGGGCAUGUCUGUAAUCGUGGCCUUGAUUGUCAUCACCCUGCGAAAGUUCUCUACUUCUUAAAAUCAAUAAAAGUGGUUUUUCCCCUAAUACAUGCUUAUCUGAGCUCUCUCCUUCCUCUGCGCCCAUGUGUGUUUUCUGAGAGUGAAAUGAAACAAAUGAUGUAUUUCCCGUACAUCCCAAGGAAUAGUCUUUCUCUUUAACCACUUGGAUUCAAGGGCAGUUUGCAUAUAACAUUUUCUGUUAUAGAUGCUUUGAAAGUGUAUGAAAUGUCAUGUUUUAACAAUUGCUUGAGGUGGGAGUUUUUAGCCAUGUGUACAGAGACUGAGAAGCUGUUGCAGGUAUAGGCUUCCUGACCUGUGCACGGAUCAGACAUUUGCACCACUGUUCCAGUGUUAAGUACAUGCACAAGUCAUGUUCUGAAAAGCACAAGCCCAACUCAACUCAACAUGAGAAGAUGGAAGACUUCAGAUGGACUUCAGCUCUAACUAGCGGCUCAACUUAUAGCUUCUGCAGCAUUUGUCAUUGUGGUAGGAAAUAUAAUACCAUGUAUUUAUUUUUGGAAUGCCUAAUUUUAUGUUUGGUUUUCAUUAAAUGACCCUUUUAGUUUAAAUUAUCAUGUUUUUGCCUUGGCUUAUUCAAGAAGCUCUGGCCUACCAAUGAGCUUUAUUACUACACAGAGUUAUGAUACCGAGGGAAGUGGGCCUAUCGACAUAGGCCUUGUUAUUGUUCUACUGCUGUUUAUGUUAACCAGGUAUUUAGUUAAGCUGGACAUAAAUGUGCAAUAGUACAGAAGCACCUACUUAGGAAGAAGGACCCAUAUAAAACUUGGCUUGUGUUUCUGAAGUCACUCCAGGACUUAGUCUGAGUGAUGCACAGUUCUAGGCCUCUAAUAGAUGUACAGCUGGAUUUCAAGAGGAAGAGCAAACACUUGUCUGAAUAUGAGAAGCAGACUGAGCCCACGUGAGUAAACUAAAUCCAUAGUUAGCAUACGAUGUGCAAUGUCUGUGGUGGGUGGACGGGUAGAAGGGGUAUACCAUCUAGAGAAAUCAAAUCAAAAUAAUAAAAGGAUCAGGAUUUUAAAUAAUUUGGUCAGUUAUGCUUUUUUAAAAAAACAGGAAAAGAGGAGAGGCUGACUCUUCUUCCCUGACCCAUUUGAUUUCAUUCAGGCCUCUGGUUCUUGACACCUACAGUUCUGACUUAAAAAUACAUUGGACUACCUGAAACAGCUGAAAGAAAUUAAGUGUUCAUUCUGUAUCUUUGACAACUUAGCAGUAUAAAAAUUAUAGCAAAACGACUUGAAGCUUUGAGUAAUUCUAAGAACUUUUGUUGUACAGUAGCAAGCAUAAUUGAGGCUUAUUGAAGGGGUUCCUCCCCUUUUGGUAACUCAGCUGCUACAUUACAUUAUAGUCCUGUACAAUUCAAUUCAGGAAAAAUAUAUAAAUUAUUUCCAGAUUGGGGGGAGCGGGAGUGCCAUAGUUAACCUGUGUUUACAAUAACUGUACAAGGCUCAGUUGAGCCAGAAUAUGAUAAUCAGAUUGCCUUACUAUUGCUAAAGUUUCCUGAUUUUGCUUUAAAAUGGAUCUCUGAGCAGUUGAAGCUGAAAGCAGUUCUGGGCCCCCCGUUAGUUCCCCCCACCAUGACCACAUCUGAAAAGUUUGGACAUUUCUAGGUGUGCCACUUUGAAAAAGAUCAGUUCCUAAUAAAACUUAACAAGGCACAAAAAUGAUGAUGGACAUCCAGGGUAAGCCUGUAUUUGGCCAUUUUAUGUGGACCAAAUGCAGUGGUCUUUACAUCCCUGUUUUUUCCCCUCCUACAUGCCACUUAUUAUUCUGGAUUUAUAUUGAUAUAAGGUGCUUAAGGGUCUAAUUUGAGAUUAAAGGCAGUCUACUAGAUUCAAAGGCUUUGAAUGCAGAAGAUCUUGAGUUCAUUUCUAGCUAAAGGGAUCUCCGGUAAAAAGGCUAGGAAAGAUUUCUGCAUGAGACUUGGGAGAGUGGUUGUCAAGCAGAGUAGAUACAACAGGACUAAUAUGAUAACUUGGUAUGGCUGUUUCAUACACAAUUAUGAUGGUCAUGUUAGAAGAGCUGCUAUGUACACAAGACAAGACCUCAGUUACCUUUUU